AUGCUUGACUACGUUCGCCAAAUUGGCAAUCUACCAUCGAGUGGACUGACAUACGGGGACGGCGGAUCAGGAUGUAGACGCCUACGGCAAUCCGUAGCACGAUUUGUUAGCCGUAACUUCGAAACCGUCACACCUGUUGAAGCUGAGCACGUUACGAUAACGAAUGGAAUAUCAGCUGCUAACGAGCACUUGACAAACCUUGUUGCUGACCCAGGAGAGGCCAUCCUCCUGGGGCGGCCCUACUAUGGCGCCUUUCCUGGCGAUAUUCAGCUUCGCACAGGAGUGCACUGUGUCUCGGUCUCGUUCGGGGAUAUUGAUCCACUCAGUGAAAAUGCUAUAUCGGCGUAUGAGGAGGCAGUCACGGCUUGCAGAUCCAAGGGACAACGCGUUGCUGGUCUGAUGCUCUGCAAUCCACACAAUCCGCUGGGCCGGUGCUAUUCAAGGUCAAUGCUGAUCAAGUUGAUGACUUUGUGUCAGAAGCACAAGAUUCACCUCAUCAGUGACGAAAUAUAUGCCCUGAGCGUGUGGCGGACAACUUCGGGCGAGGGUUCAAUAACGUCGACUGAGCCCACGCUCGAACAGUUCACUUCAGUUCUAUCAAUCCCGACGUUUGAAUCUAAUCUUGACCCAUCCCUAGUUCAUGUCCUUUGGGGCCUCUCAAAGGAUUUCGGCGCUAAUGGGAUUCGUCUCGGCUGUAUUAUCUCACAGCACAAUCCGUCCAUUCAUGCGGCCAUGGUGCCGGUCUCGAAAUACUCUUACGCGUCAUCACUGGCUGAACAUGUCGCUUCUACAAUGCUUGAUGACGACAAAUUCAUUGAUCGCUAUCUCGCAGAGAAUGACAGGAAACUGCUCCGACACUUCCUCCUUGUGAAGCAAUGGGUGGUUGAAAAUCAAAUCAAGCAUGAGGAAGGAGCCAAUGCCGCCUUUUUCUUCUGGGUCAAUCUAGGUGAAUUUUAUUUACGUCACCAUGAACCUCCACCACCUGUUGCAUGUUCAGGCUCUCCUACCAGUCACUUGCAAUCUAGCCUUGAUGACCUAGUAUCUCGUGCGCUGCUGGAUGAAAGAGUUUUUCUAGCCUCAGGAGCUACUUUCGGGAGUGAAAAGCCAGGUUGGUUUCGCAUAGUGUUCAGCGUGCAAGAGGUCGUGCUGGAGGAAGGCUUAAAAAGGAUUUUGGAAGCACUUUCGUGA